AUGUCUUCGAGCUCGCUUCCUACUAUCAAUGGUCAUGCUACGCCAACUUUUGAUAUUUUCUCGUCACUUCGAUAUGACCCAGAGCUUCUAAAACUAGCCUCGCAGCACCCAGAGCAUUUUCCCGAACCUCUGAACUCGCCCUACUACCUUCUAGCACAUCACCAAGACCGUCUCAUAAACGCCGCUCGGUAUUUUGAAUGGAAACUAGCGUUCGAGGAAGGGCCAGCUUGGAUGAAUGGAGAUUUGAACAGCCUUCAGGAAUUCCUAGACUCUAGAAUUCCAGAUCGACACCGACCGUGGCGCUUGAAGCUCGUGGUACACCGCAGUGGACAUGUCUGGUGCGAGAUAGCAGAGGCUGGACCUAUUGAUCCCCUCAACUUCAUGAUCCCAGGCUCCGGUCCUAGAUCCGAUCCUUCUCCCUGGCGUGUCUAUCUGGAUUCUAAGGCUACGUUCCCAUCUGGGUUUACGGCGCAUAAGACCACUGCCCGAGAUGACUAUACGGAUGCUCGGCUAAGAAGUGGCAUUACUACCGCCACCCAAACGGACGAAGUUCUCAUUGUAAACAAUAACGGCGAAGUCAUGGAAGGCAGCAUUACUACGCCGUAUUUUCGCCAGCGCGGAGGUUCCAGCUGGAUAACCCCGCCUUUGAAGUGCGGGGGUAAUGCGGGCACGACCAGACGAUAUGCAUUAGCGCAAGGUUUCUGUACUGAGCAGGUGAUCACUGCCUCGGAACUUGUGGAUGGGGAAGAGUGCUGGCUCAGCAAUGGCGUUCGAGGUUUCAUUCGAGGCGUGGUUGUUCUGAAAUGA